CUUCCUCACUAAUCCUAGUCCCAGCUGGUAGCUAAGCUCAUCGAGCUCAUCAUCAUCAAGGAGCUCUCCCGCCUAUAUUAGCUAGCUAGCUCAAAGAGAUAGAUCAGCUAUACUCUCUAGUGUAGCAUUCUUCCAUUUCCUGAUCCGGUCGUCGUCGUUGUCGUCGCUGCCGCCGGCGUUGCGAUAGAUAUUUACAUGGGCGGCGGGUCGCCGUGCGCGUCGUGCAAGCUGCUGCGGCGGCGGUGCACCAAGGACUGCAUCUUCGCGCCCUUCUUCCCCGCCGACGACCCCCACAAGUUCGCCAUCGUCCACAAGGUCUUCGGCGCCAGCAACGUCGCCAAGAUGCUCCAGGAGCUCCCCGUGCAGCAGCGCGGCGACGCGGUGAGCAGCCUGGUGUACGAGGCGAACGCGCGGAUGCGGGACCCCGUCUACGGCUGCGUGGGGGCCAUCUCCUUCCUGCAGAACCAGGUGUCGCAGCUGCAGAUGCAGCUCGCCGUCGCGCAGGCCGAGAUCCUCUGCAUCCAGAUGCAGCAGCGCCCCGACGGCCCCGGCGACGUCGACGCGGUGGUCGCGGCGGGCGGCGGAGGCGCCGGCGACCACCACCACCACCACGCGAUGGCGGCCGCGAUGCAGCAGCACCAGGCGGCGAUGGUGGCCCCCGACGACGUGGACGCCUUCCUGAUGCAGAACGCCGGCGCUGGCGCCAUGGUCCCGCCGCAGCUGAUGGGCUACGGCGCCGCGUCGGCGGGCGGCAUGGGGGAGCCCCUCAAGCGGGAGUCCCUGUGGACGUAGCCACACACACUUGCAACUUGCAAGUCAACUUUGCAUGUGCACCACGUCGUAGCUAGGAGCACACGGCCAGCGAGCUUAAUGUGUGGCAGCAGCUUGUUGCUUCUGCCGGUGCUUCACUUAAUUUGCUGGUACGUAGGGGCUACCUUAAUUAGGCUAUUAAUUAGCUAGUAGGUACUAGUUAAUCUGUGACUUCUUGUUUUCUCCGUUUUUUUUCGCCAUUUUAACUCUGAUCUCUGUUCUAAUUUGUUUCGUGUUCUUGUGGUGUGCCU